GGUUGGGCAAGGCCAGGGUUGCCCCAGGGUAGGUUACUCAUCUGCGGCUCAGGUAAGAGGGCCCGGGUUGGAAGGUGGCACACCCAGGGGGGAACGCGGAGAGAGCAGGACACAACCAUGGAUGCUUCCAGGAGAGGAGAUACUCGGACAGCGGUGUUGAGCACCCGAUGGCUGCUGCUGCUGCUGCUCCCGCUGUUACUGCUUUGUGAAGGAGCUCAGGCCCUGGAGUGCUACAGCUGCGUGCAGAAGGCGGAUGACGGAUGCUCUCCGCACAAGAUGAAGACAGUCAAAUGUGGCCCAGGGGUGGACGUUUGUACUGAGGCCGUGGGGGCUGUGGAGACCAUCCACGGGCAAUUCUCUGUGGCGGUGCGGGGCUGCGGUUCCGGAAUCCCCGGCAAGAACGACCGCGGGCUGGACCUUCACGGGCUCCUGGCCUUCCUCCAGCUGCAGCAGUGCGCCGAGGACCGAUGCAACGCCAAACUCAACCUCACUUCGCGAGGCCUCAACCCUGCAGGCAAUGAGAGUGCGUAUGAGCCCAAUGGCGCAGAGUGCUACAGCUGCGUGGGACUAAGCCGCGAGAAAUGCCAGGGCACCAUGCCGCCGGUCGUGAACUGCUACAAUGCCAGCGGCCGCGUCUACAAGGGCUGCUUCGAUGGCAACGUUACCUUGACAGCAGCCAAUGUGACUGUGUCCUUACCUGUCCGAGGCUGCGUCCAAGAUGAAACCUGCACCCGGGAUGGGGUGACAGGCCCGGGAUUCACACUCAGCGGCUCCUGCUGCCACGGGUCCCGCUGUAACUCUGACCUCCGCAACAGAACUUAUUUCUCCCCUCGAAUCCCACCCCUAGUCCUAUUGCCCCCUCCGACCACUGCAGCCCCGUCCACUCGGGUCCAGACCUCCUCCAGCACGCCUACCACAGCCACCCCAACCCCGGCCACCUCUACCAUCGUGCCCACCACCCCAGCCAGCCACACUUCUCCCCGUGUAGUAGAACGUGAAGGCGCACAGGAAGAGGAGUCUCGAUUGACUGGAGGCGCCGCGGGCCACCAAGACCGCAGCAAUAUGGGGUCGAACCCUGCAAAAGGCGGGCCCCAGAUGCCCACUAACGAAGGCUCUGCGGCUCUGGGGUCUGGGUCUGCAGCUCUUCUCUUGACUGUGGUCGCUGCCCUGAUGCUGUGAACUCAUCCCACCUUGCUUCCCCGGCCCCUGGGUACCAACUCUUUCCGUUUCUCCCUGGACUGGACUGACCCAACCCGCAUCCUCCGGGCAUCCCCAGUUCCACUGCACUGGUUUGCAGCUUCCGGAAACAGCCUACUGUUGUGACUACCCAGCUCUUUGGAUUCAGCGACUGCAUUCCCCCUGAUGGUGACCCAGAGGGGACGGAGGGAAGAGACAUCUACUGGCUAAGGGAGCCCCCCCCCCCCCCGCGAGAGUCCCCGGCAAGCCAGGUUGGGUGAUGAUGACCAGGCAGGUGGACCACGGAUUCACCCUCGGAGUGCGGCGCUUGCCUGGCAUCUGUGCUGGAAAUCUGGUCCCCCGUCUUCCUUAGGAGACUGUGAACGACUCCAGGGCAGAGUCUCUCGCCUCUGGCCUCUUUAUCCUGUUCUGUCUGGCACAGGAAGGCAUCAAUAAAGAUUUAGUUACUUUGUAU